AACAAAAUAUAAGGAUCUUCGAGAAGAAUCGAGUUCAGUUCAGUUCUGAUUCAAGAAGAAAAUGGCAGCUCCGGUGGCGAAAUCAGCGUCUCUCGGCCAUAUAGCCAGAGAAUCUUCGGAUGUCCUUCGCCUCUCUGAAUUCUACAAAGAGAUGUUUGGAUUCGAGGAAAUUGAGAGUCCAAAAUUCGGAGAAUUCAAGGUUGUAUGGCUAAAUCUUCCCUCUGCCUUUCAACUCCACCUCAUCGAGAGAGACCCUAAAUCCAAGCUUCCCGAAGGUCCAUGGAGCGCCGCGUCACCCGUUGCCGACCCUAGCCACCUCCCCCGAGGUCACCACAUCUGCUUCUCUGUCUCCAGUUCCAACUUUGACUCCCUCGUUCAUGCUCUAAAGGAAAAGGGAAUCCAGACUUUUGAGAAGACCCUACCAAAUGGGAAGGUUAAGCAAAUCUUCUUCUUUGAUCCGGAUGGUAAUGGACUGGAGGUUGCAAGUCGGGAAGAAGAGUAUGAUAUAGCUUAAAUAUUGUAGUCGAACGUAGUCUUGAUAAGGGGCUUAGAAAGGGUCUACAGUAGAAUCUUGUUCGACUUAUAAUCGACGUGCAUGACCAUACAGUUUAUUACUAAAUCUGUUCGUAUUACCCCUCCCCCUUUGUUAUUUAAAAUGUUUGUUGGAAUGGAUUCACUUG